CAGAUUUGAAUUGUGUGUGUGGAUGUGUGUGUGCAGUUUGAAUGCGAAGCACUGAGCUAAAAGAAGAGUAGAGAGUUUUCAGAGGAACCUGAGGUCUAAUCCGGAUCCAUCUGUAACCCACAGAGAGCAAGCAGCAGCGGGAUGGACUGUCGACCUAACAGCGAUCUGUUCUUUCUGCCUGAUGAGAAGUUUGACUUCGAUGUUUCUCUGUCACCUGCCAGCUCCAAAGGUGACGAAGAUGAGGAUGAGGUGUUCGUGGGUCCGGUCAGCCACGAGGAGAAGUGUGUCUCUGUCAACGUGGCGUCUCGGCUUGAGGACAGCAAUGGUGGCACGCGGGCCAGCUGGAGUCCGCUGACCGGAGAUCAGCUGGAGGCGGUGUGUGAGGAAGCCCACAGACUGGCCGACCAGCUACAGAGCAGCGAACUGAGCCUGGCACACAGCGAGGAUGAUAAGGUCACCAACAUGUCCACUGACACCACAACCGGCAGGGAGGAGUUUGUGCAGGACUCUGAGGCCAAACUGGGUGUGCUCGGUCAGAGCGCCAAUACGCUCAGCCCCAUCAAACGCCAGACCUUCUGUGUGCAGGACAGUCCCAUGAAGCAGCUGCCACCCGCUGUCCAGCGCAGCCUGCUGAGAGGAAGCAGCUCCAAAGCAGCGCCAUCCAACCGCCCUGCCAACGCACCUUUAUCCACCCGGCACGCCUCUGCCAACACAAAUUCAUUCACCCGCCCAGCUGCCAGACUCAGCACCUCCAGCCCUCUGACCAGGGCCAAGGCUCAGGUCAGGACAGGACUGCGAGGGAAAGCCACACUGGGUGUCGUACUGCCGAGCAAACCGGCUGCCCCAACAGCUUCCUGUUCAGCCAGCAAGAGCAGAGUGGAGAAACCCAGACUGCAACCACCGAGCAAAGCGGUAGGGAGUUGGAAACGGAGCCCGGCCUCUCGCCCCUCCAGCAGGGCCGAGUCAUGCGAGGAUCUGCUUUCUGAUUCAGCGAGCGUGGCGUCUGACAUCAGCGACUCCUCCUUCAACUCCAGCUUGCUAGGAAAACGCAUGCUGGCUCCGCCCACCAAGAGGAACGUGUCAGGUGUGAAAGCUCCGCCCCUUCAGAGCAGGAGGAUGACGGACAGGAAGAACACAUCCUCAUCCUCGUCCUCAGUGUCCAGCUUCAACUCCAGCAUGUCUCUGUCCCCCGCUAAAGGUAAACUGAACUCUUCUUUGAACCGGAGUCUGAGCAGCUCCACUGGCCCCGCUCCCAGCAGCAUCAGCAGACCAGCAAAUCAAAGCAGGCCCCGCCGCUCCGCCAUUUAUGCCACAGCAGCGCCGGCGCCCUCCACCACCGGCCGCCGCUCACUGUCCGCCCAGACCAGGAAGCUGCCCGAGGUGGAACGUGUCAAAGCCACAAGGUCCACGCCACUGAAGAGAGCUGACACCACGCCCCUCCAGCAGACGCCUGCCAAGAGAGUUUUGGAGAGGACUGCAUCGAUCCCCACCGCCGCCUCAGCCCGGCCACAGAGCGGAUUGAAGACCAAAUCCAAACCGGAGGCCCUGGUCCCCCCAACACCCAUUGGAGGAGUCAAAGGAGACCCCCAUGGAGACGAUGUCUCAAAGAUGUUGAAGCCAAAGAGGUUGAUGUCAGCGAGCUGCAUAGACAGUCUUCCUCAGAAGCCCUGUGUUGGUCCUCUGACGCCUUCUUCUGGCAGCUGCAACUCGCUGCAGGUGAAGGCACGGCGUCCCUCGGCCCUCCCCACCCCAGUGAGGCGCAGGAUGUCUGCCAUCCCUGUUGCCACACCCACCAACCAGACCCGGUCCACGAGACCGCCACCCACCCCUGAAUCUGACCCCGCCCCCAGCACCACCUCGGCCAGCAGAGAGAGAAGCUGCAGCCCCACCCCGGCCCGCAUACAGGAGGCGGAACCUGUUGAUGCCCCCGACAUCCAGCCCUUCUGUCUGGAGGAAGAGGAGCCCCCUGCUGCCCUGCCCGCCAGCCCUCCACAGUCCCACCAGUCAGAGAGCAUGGAUCUUGGAGCACAGAACAAGGGUGAAUUAGAGCCCGCCAAAAACCUGAUCGAACUGGAGACUACGGAGAGCAACAGCAAGACACAGGAGGUUCUCCUGUUGGAUCUUCCAGCUCCGACUCUGCAGCCUCAAGAGAAACUUCUCAUCGACUUGACCAACACCCCCGACCUUAUCCGGACCGCCAACAAGACCUGCACCACAUCCCAGCAGCUGAUCGACCUGACCUCUCCGCUCAUCAAGUGGAGCCCAGAAGACAAGAGGGAGAACAACGCCCCACUCAUCAACCUGUCCUUCUGAUCCAGAUCCUCCUAAAGACGUGGAUCUGAUAGUAUCUUCACUAAACUGGACUCCUCUGUCUUCAGAAACUCAAAUCCAGUUAACGUCAGAGUUUUAAUCAGUUAUCUUUACUGAAGCAGAGUAUUAUGUUUUAAAUGAUGAAAAUAUUCAAAGGUUGCUGAAGUUUUUCUGCACCUGAUUGUAAUUUUAUUUGUCUCCGUCUUGCUGCUCUUAUUGAUGUCUGAAUAAAUGUUGUUUAUGUCACUACUGUAAACGUUCCUGCUCCUGUGUCAAGUUGCAGUUUAGAUCCAUGUCUGUCCAGAGUCAGACUCAUGUAAUAUAUGUAGUAAAGACUGAACGGAUUUAAUAAAAUGUAUUAAGUGCAUUUUUUUGGGAAGAUG